UCUUCCUCCACUUCUGUGAGCUAGUUAGCUGGCAAUCUAUCUUUCUCUCUUAUCUAGAUUGUCGCCUCUUCUUUCCUCCUCUAGGAGGGCCAAUUGAUCCGUGACUUUUGUUGUUUACUUGUUCUUGUAGCUACUAGCUGUCGUCCCAUCAUGCGUUUUAACACUGCCUUUACAUCGGCGCUUGUCUCCUCGGCCUCUCUCAUGGGUUAUGCCCAUGCUGAGGAAGCUGAGAACAAGCCCGAUUCGUCGUCCGUCGCCGAGAAGCCUACUUUCACGCCGACAAACUUGGAAGCGCCGUUCCUCGAACAAUUCACCGAAGGCUGGGAGUCCAGAUGGAUUCCUUCCCACGCCAAAAAGGAGGACUCUAAGUCGGAGGAUGACUGGGCUUAUGUCGGUAACUGGGCCGUCGAAGAGCCCUCCGUUUUCAAGGGAAUCGAGGGCGAUAAGGGUCUCGUCGUGAAGGAUCCUGCCGCUCACCACGGCAUCUCUGCCAAGUUCCCCAAGAAGAUUGACAACAAGGGCAAGACGUUGGUGGUUCAGUAUGAGGUCAAGCCGCAGAACUCCCUUGUCUGCGGUGGUGCCUACCUGAAACUUCUCCAGGAGAACAAGAAGCUCCACGCCGAGGAAUUCUCCAACGCCUCGCCCUACGUGAUCAUGUUUGGUCCCGACAAGUGCGGUGCCACCAACAAGGUUCACUUCAUUUUCCGUCACAAGAACCCCAAGACCGGCGAGUACGAGGAGAAGCACCUCAAGGCUCCCCCGGCCGCUCGCACCUCCAAGGUCACCUCCCUCUACACCUUGAUCGUCCGGCCCGACCAGUCCUUCCAGAUCCUCGUUGACGGCGAGUCCAUCAAGGACGGCACCCUUAUUGACGACUUCAACCCCCCUGUCAACCCGGCCAAGGAGAUCGACGACCCCAAGGACAAGAAGCCGGCUGACUGGGUCGAUGAGUCCAAGAUCCCUGACCCCGAAGCCAAGAAGCCCGAGGACUGGGAUGAGGAGGCGCCCUUCGAGAUCGUCGAUGAGGAUGCCACCAUUCCCGAUGACUGGUUGGAGGACGAGCCUACCAGCAUUCCUGACCCCGAGGCUGAGAAGCCCGAAGACUGGGAUGACGAGGAGGAUGGUGACUGGAUCCCUCCCACGGUCGCCAAUCCCAAGUGCAACGAAGUCUCUGGAUGUGGUCCCUGGUCGGCCCCUCUGAAGAAGAACCCGGCCUACAAGGGCAAGUGGAGCGCUCCUCUGAUUGACAACCCGGCCUACAAGGGUCCUUGGGCUCCCCGCAAGAUUGCCAACCCUGCCUACUUCGAGGACAAGACUCCCUCCAACUUUGAGCCCAUGGGUGCUAUUGGUUUCGAAAUCUGGACCAUGCAAAAUGAUAUCCUGUUCGACAACAUCUACAUUGGUCACUCCGCCGAGGAUGCUGAGAAGCUCCGCAAGGAGACCUUUGAUGUCAAGCGCCCUGUGGAGGCCGCUCAGGAGGAGGCCGCUAAGCCCAAGCCGGAGGAGAAGGGUGCAACUCCCAGCGUCAGCUUCAAGGAGGACCCCGUUGUUUACGUCCGUGAGAAGGUGGACUAUUUUGUUGGUUUGGCCAAGCAGGACCCCGUUCACGCCAUCAAGCAAGUGCCCGAGGUGGCCGGUGGCCUGGGUGCCCUUCUUUUCACGAUGAUCCUCAUCAUCGUUGGAGCCAUUGGCGCCAGCAGCCCUGCUCCUGCCAGCCAGAAGGGCAAGGAAGCCGCUGGUAAGUCCAAGGAGAAGGAAGGCGAAGCUACCUCUUCCUCUGCGGACACUGGCAAGAGCGGUGCUACCAAGCGUCGGUCAUAGAGAUUUUAGUUCAUCUUACGAAAAAAGAAAAAAAGGGGCCGAUAUAGCCACUGUGCAACCAGUGUUAUUCUUUUCUAUUACUGUUUAUUUGUUCCUGAGCUUUUUUUUUUUUUUUUUUUUUUUUUUUUU